CACAAACUCUUUUCCAGCACGAGAUAAAGGAUCUCGAAAAUCUUGACACAAUGCGAAAGCUAGGUAGAACCAACAAUCAAAUCAGCAAAAUGAGAGCAGAGGCAAUGGAAAGAUUCUAUGGAAAAGUUGUUGAAGACUAUAAAUAUGAAGGCUUAGUGGUGAAAGACCUCGCUUCACCAUAUUUUUUUGGAACUCGGAAGUGUUGGUGGAAGUUCAAACCAGAUUACGAGGCAGACGAAGCAGUUGAUAUCGAUGUAAGUAUUUUCAUUUGCGAGAUCCGCAAUAUUCCCAUUUUGAAUUUGGUUGAUACUGAUGAUCCUUGUUACUGCAGGUUGUCAUUAUCGGUGCAAAAUUUGCAACAGGUCUCAGAAAUAGUGGCACUCCAUCAGCAUACCUUGUUGGUGUGGUUGAUAAAUUUGAUGAAAAUUGUUUCAUGCCAUUCAAUAGUAUYAAUGCGGCUUCGACAACAAGAGAAAAGAUGGAAGAAAUAUUAAAUUACACUGGUUUCAAAAAAGGCGGAGACGAGCCAUUGGAGUUGGGCAAAUGGUUCCGAGAAGAAAGUUUUGGACUCCCAAGUUUUAUUUCAAAGCGAUCUUUACAACGCAACUCGACUGAAGAUUUUGAAGGUUGGUCAUUUAAUAAAACCAAACAUUAUCCUGACAUUUGGAUAGAUCCAAAAGAUUCGGUUGUGCUGACAAUUAAAGGGGCAGAAUUGGUUGUUAGCGUAAGUACGUUGCUUGAUUUUCAGUUUGUAAAUUGAUUUUCAUUCAGUCUAAAAUAGUAUCACCGUUUUUGCAUCAUGGUCAGGACGAAUUUUCUGUUGGACUUGCUCUAAGAUUUCCACGAAUCAAGAAGGUUCGUUUGGAGUCCGUUGAUGGCGAUGAGAAGAAGGCUUCAGAGACUUCUACCGAUGAAGAAAUAUGGAGAAUUUUUGACGAGGCAAGGUCAAAAAAAUUAAAUGCAGAGUCGAUGAUUGGAAGUCAAUGUCAAUCAGRUCGAGCGAGGAAAGUGUCACGACAGGGGCGCCGAUUUCUGACCCCAGAAGAAUUUCGUCACAAAACUAGAAAACGCAAAAUGAAAAUGGUCAGUUCACCUUCUAGAAAGGUGCCAAAAGUUGAUGUUUGCGAGUCAAGUCUUCUGAAGGACUUGACGUUUUGUGUCCUUGAGGGAACAUACUUUUUCGACGCUAAUAGCUUGGAAGGACAAGUAGCUGAGAAAGAAGGAUGGGUUUGUGAAGUAGAAAAAGUCAAAUCAGAAGAGGAUGUGAUCGAAUUCAUCAUGAAGCACGGUGGUAACUAUAGAACAGAAGUCAAGGGGACAAUCAACGAAUAUAUUGUCGGCGGGACGAAGGAUGAUGCACGGGUUCAAAAUAUGAUUAAAGGACUCAAGGAUGCCAAAUCUCUCGAUAGUUCCAAGAAGAAGGGUGACAAAGCACUCUUCCAAAUGGCUCAGCACCAUGAUGGGAUUCUUAAAUGGACAUUCGUCUAUUGGUUGCUUCAUCGAUUACAGAAAAACAACUCAAAUAGGAAUAGUAACUAUCUGAAACCUGAGCCACAUCAGUAUCUUGGUAGCACAGCAGAAGUUUUGUUUUCAUAUAAUCGUCAAAUCUCGAUUGACGAACUGAGGGAAUCCCUUUCAGUCCCUAACAACAAUGAUAAACAGGUUCCUCCAUGGCAGUUGAAAGGUUUGAUAGACCUUCCGAAAGAGGAAAGAUGGAUUCUAUCUUCAAGGCAUACUCAUUUUUGGCCAUACAACGACGAAAAGCUUCAUGGAGAGAGUUGUAAUGAUAGAAAUGGCAUCAUAAUGUAUCCAGAUGUUUUCUCGUAUGGUUUUGGUUUCAGUGCAGAAAAAGAUGCUAAUGGCGAAGCAUUAUCUUGCACUACAUCACCAAGAUGGAAUCACGUGUUGCCAGACUUUGAAGAGAUCAUGUCCGUAUUGCCGUUGGUAUCUGUCAUGGGUGGAUUCGUCACACCACAUUUGCAUUGUGGUGUGACACACAUUAUUUGUCUCUUGAAAAUAGAUGACGAACUCCAGU